AUUGACAUCCAUAUUUUGUUUUCCUGGUGUUGGGGUGUGACAAACAUUUUGCUUUUACAUGAAAUUUGUGAAAAGUCCUUUUAUUUAUGAAUUUUAUAUCACAUGGAUGGAGAAAUGACAGAAGACCAGAAAGCUUCCAAAAAAGAAAAAGACAGUCCAGUUAAGUAUGUGAAACUGAAUGUUGGAGGAUCUCCCUUCUACACAACAAGGAGUACGCUCACCAAACGUGCAUGUUUAUUACGUGACAUGUUCAGCGAGGAGGGGGAUGUUUUCACAGAUCCUCAAGGAUGGGUGAUGAUUGACAGAUGUGGCAAACAUUUUGGAACAGUGUUAGCAUUCUUGCAAGAUGGGUCUGUUUCUUUACCGGAAAGUCUACAGGAGGUGUCAGAGUUGUUGGCUGAAGCCAGGUAUUAUCACCUGCCAGGACUGAUUGAACAGUGUGAGCUAGCACUGCAGAGGCAAGCAUUGGUCGAAGAAUCUACUUGUAGGAUUCCCCUGAUAACAUCCACCAGAGAAGAGCAACAGCUUGUCACUCAAUCCACAAAGCCUGUCAUUAAAUUACUGAUCAACAGACAUAACAACAAAUAUUCUUAUACAAGUAUGUCAGAUGGUAAUCUUCUCAAGAAUCUGGAGUUUUUUGAUGAACUCUCACUGAAAUUCAGCAGAUGGGCACUCUUUGUUAAAGAUGUGCUGGGCAGUGGGGAAAUCUGUCAGUGGUCGUUCUAUGAACACGGUGGUAAGAUGGCUAGCCAGUUGUGUUGUACGUCAGUAGUGUAUGCUAAUGGGAAGAAGCACACGAAGGUUACGUUUGACCAGUCCAGGAUUUACACAGAUGUGUGUGUCCUACUGCUGCGAGAAAAUCCAGCUGACCAGGAAGUUCACCAGGCUACUGGUUUCAAAGCACCGACAGUCUCGACCACAGUGACUAGUGAAGAGGAGGAUGAACAUCCUUCUAAUAGAGAGGGGAGAGAGUCAGGUCACCUAAGAAGAAUGUACAGUACACGACAAACUUCAUGAAAAUUAUAGAGAAAAGAGUAGUUAGUUAUAAUGGAAGGGUUGUUGAAUGGUUCAUAUUCUGAUUGCAUAAUGCCACUAUUUGCAAAAUAAUGAAAGGUUUAAAAAACGAAAUCCACCUCUGUAUUUUAGUUGUGUUUCAAUAUUCAUAAGCCUUUUCUUUUUUUUGCAAGAAUUGAAAAUAUCUCCCUCUCUCAUAUGUGACUAUUAAGUACAUCAGAGAUAGAUUUUGUUCCACAUUAUUUAUAUUGAUUUUUUUAAACAAUAUUUAUAUGUUAAUAAACUUUUGAAGUCAUGGAAGUGGAUUUUACAAAUUCUAAUAUGAAUGUAUUACUUUGUGAAUUAAAUGAAACUUGGUAUUAAAUUGGUCAUAACUGACAGAAAGACUUGAAAUUUUUGUGUAAGCUGAAUUUCACUUGUUAGCCUUAAAAGUAUGCUGAUACUUUUUAUAUAUACAUUUAAAAUAUAAAAUUCUAGUUUUAUUUUCAUAUCUUUAAGUGCUACACAUUGUUGUCAGCUUUCAUUUUUUCAGUAUCAGGAAGAGUAUUGUAUAAAAAUGUAUUUAUAAUUCCUCAACUUUACUACAGUAUAAUUAUUUACCCAGCUGUAAUUAUAAAUAAAUAAAAUGAUCAUUGACUCCUGAGAAUCUUACAAUAAGACUACUUGUAAAACAUUCUAUGUAGUUCAUGGUUGUUUUAUUUAUUUGUAAUUAUGUGUACUUAUGGUCCAGUCAGCAUUAAGUAAAUUAAAAAAUUUAAAUAUAUUUAUUCUUCCAUUAAUGAUUGAAAGGUAAACUUGAAGCUUCAUUUAAUACUUCAGAUGAAGCAUUUUGCUGGGACAAUUUACCAUUUUUUAUUCAAGAUGAAAUACACUUAAUAAAAAUACUAAAAAAUAAGUAUUUUUUUCAGAUAUUACUCGCAUGUGCAAGUAAUUAUAAUUUCAUUUGUAAUAAAAAGAUCCAAUAACCUGAUUGUUUUCAAAACGUUGAAACUUUAAUUAUUACUGAAUAAUCUGAUUAUUUUCAGUUAGAUAAAUCUCUAAUUAUAAUCCAAUAAUCUGAUUACUUUAAGAAAGAUAAACCUUUAAUUAUAUCUGAAGAAUCUGAUUAUUUUCAGAAACAUAAAACUUUAAUUAUAACUGAAUAAUCUGAUUAUUUUCCGAAAGAUAAAUCUCUAAUUCUAAUCCAAUAAUCUGAUCACUUUAAGAAAGAUAAACCUUUAAUUAUAAUCCAUCAAUCUGAUUACUUUAAGAAAGAUUCUCUGAUAAAUCUCUAACUACAACCCAGUAACCUGAGUGCUUUCAGAAAUACUUCCAUAACUGUUAAACCUUUUAACUACAACCUAAUAACCUGAUUGCUUUCAGAAAAAUAAACCUUUAAUUAUAACCCAAUAACCUAAGUGCUUUCAGAAUAAUUUCUGUCUCUGAUAAAUCUAACUACAAAUUAAGUAUUUUUGUCUUUCUGUACCCUUUAUUAAAGAUACAUAGAAAUGUUUUAUGAAAGUAAGAAAUAAAGUAAUUAAUUUUUUUAAUUUCAUAUAAUUGCUUCUUUCUGAAUUAUAAUGUACUGUAGGUUAACUCAGUUGUAUAUAAAGAUUUUUUGCAUUAGUUUAUUUUUUCAAAGUCUUUUUUUGUCUUUGUUGUGGAAUAUUCAGUUUAGUUAAAUCUUAAUGUAAAAAAAUAUCUAUAGCUAAAUAAGAUAGAAUAUGCUAUUGGUUAAUGAUAUUAAACAGUUUAACAGUUACUGUUUAUUAGUUUCUUGACUUUGCAAAGACCACAGAUUAAACACAUGGUCACUAAUUUUAUUAAUCUUUCUUUAUUGAUGAAAGUUAUUUUAGUAAAAAUCUUGGGUAGUUAAUGUCCUAUUUCAGACCAUGUUUGGAAGUGCUGGGAGGGAGAUCCAGUGGAUUCAGACCUUAAUCAUAUGGUAAAAUCCUUCCCUUUUAUGUAAAGUAGGGAAGUAUUUGUUCAAAUUAUUGUCUUAUGAAUAGGAAUAAUUAAAAUAUGUUUCUGAUUUUUCCAGAGGAAACCAGUUUAUUAACGCAUAAAAUAAAACAAAUAAUAAUGGGAUGAGAUAUUUUGUCUGCAUCCCGUAGUGAAGACUUAAGUACUUAAGUUUCAUUAUUAUUAAAUUGUACAUUUAGACAGUUGGGUUUAUUGUAGAAAAAUUAUCACUUUCAAUUUUCUGGUCAUUCUAAUUUUUUUUUAUAAAACUGGAAGAAAAACUUUAAAAAUCAUCCUUAUUUUUUCUAAUAUAGAUCGUAUCCAACUCUAUCAUAUCAAAUUUUUUGAUAUUGUAUUACAAAUUGUAUUUUACCCUUGCUGAAGGAACUUAAUAACUAUAUUCACAUGCAGAGCAUUGAUUUUAAUAAAGAAUAAUGUAUACCAAUAAAAAAUUUGAUUAACUGCAGUAGCAACUAUUUAAAUAAGUAAGUUUUAUAUUGUUUUAAUGUUCAUACUAAAAAAUUAAUGUAAGCCCAAAAUAUACAUUUAUAAUAUUUGUUUUCUAGAAAGUCCACCUAGUGGUAAGUCUAUUUUUAUUUCUUGUUAUAGGUGAUGACAAAACUAAUGUCAGUAAGUUUGUUAGGGGUUUUUAAAUAUUGUAAUAUAGUUAGUAGCUUGUCAUAAUUAUUAUUAUUUUCCUACAGCAUUAAGAAGUUGAAAAAUAACAAUUAUAUUUUCCAACACAGUUGAUUUCUAUUUCUUAAACUUUUUUUUUUUUAUGUUAGCGUUAUGAGGAAGAGCUGGAAAUCUUAUGGGUUGAUAAAACCUUAUAUUUUAAUGUGGUAAUUCAGCCUGUAAAGAAUUGUAUUAUUUAAAUUAAUUGUUUACUUAAAUCAUUCCAGUUUUAUUUAUGAUAAUUAUUUUUCAAUUAAUGGGCUGCUGAAGACUGAAAUUUUCCAUUAGAAUGUACAAGUAAAUGCAAUGCGUCUAGCUUUAAGAAAAUCAAAGCAGCAAUUUUUUUUGUUAUUGCCAAAAUGUCUGCUUGAAAAAUAUGGUUUAAAUGUAUUUGAGCUCGAUUGAAGUGAUAGGCACCCAAAGUUAACUGUAAAUUUUUUUGUAAUUUGUAAACUUUUUUACAAAAACC